AUGAAGCCAGUGAAGUACACAAAAGAUAAUACAAAUUUUUAUUAUAGGGAAUCCCCGGUUAGACAACACUUAAAGAAUGUUUAUGGUUGUCUAUCCUUUUCAACUCUAUCAGCUGCAGCAGGAGCUUAUGUUCAUUUAUACACAGAGUUCCUGGAUGCCAAUUUAUUAACAACUCUUGGUACUUUCGGUCUCCUCUUUGCUUUAAUCAGCACACCAGACAAUGGAAAAAAUCAAAAAUUGCGGCUUGGCUACCUUUUGGGAUUUGCAUUUUUAUCGGGGCUUGGAUUAGGUCCUUUACUUCAUUUGGUUAUAAGUAUUAAUCCAAGUAUUGUAGUAACUGCACUCAUAGGUACAACUGUUGUAUUUGUAUCGUUCUCUAUUUCAUCACUUUUGGCUGAGCGAGGUCGUUGGUUAUACCUUGGUGGUAUCCUGAUUAGCUUACUAAAUAUUAUGGUUCUGUUUUCAAUUAUCAAUAUCUUCCUACGUUGGUCCUUGUUUUAUCAAGUUCAUUUAUAUGUUGGAUUAUUCCUGAUGUGUGGCUUUGUAAUUUAUGACACACAAUUGAUUAUUGAAAAAUACCACAUGGGCAGCAAGGACUUUAUCCUGCAUUCUUUUGAUCUUUUCAUAGAUUUUAUUAGUAUUUUCCAUCAUCUUAUUAUUAUCCUCACACAGAAGCGUAAACGUAAAAAUUAA